UGCGCUGCAUAGACUGGUCUGUUGGCCUGUCUCUCACGCAAACACACGCACGGCUUUGGAAAGAAAUUGACAGGAAGCACUGUGAUUGGUUGCAGAUAAGCCUAAGGUACUUCCUGUUGGCGCUGAUGCCGCUGUGUCUAGCUAGCUUGCCAACAGCGCCACCAAAUGGCUCUUGGGGCAUCUUGAGAAGUGUGCGUGUGUGUAGGUGUACCCACAAUACUGAGCGGCAGGUUGGUGGUCAUGUGACCUGUGAGAAGCAGUCUAAUCAGCUUGCAUCAGCCACGGAGGGAUUAAUGGCUUCCACGGAGGAAGAGUGACCACUCUUACAUGGUACUUCUUCCUUACGACCUCUGACUUCCCGUGGGCGGCCACCUUUACCCCCCCCCACAUGGGUGCGGUGUGCUGGGUGCUGCCGCUGGAGGAGGAGGAGGAGGAAUGGGAGGAGCCACGUGAUGAGGGGAGGAGCUGUCUGAGCUGCAGGCUGAUGACGCCACACUCGCUCCUCCACACUUUCCCACGAAGCCAAGCGGCGACUCCCCUGCCCAGGAAGUCUCGUGCCAAGGAGGCGGGCCUACAGCCUGAAAGCCCCACCCACCUGAGUGUGUGCCAGCGUGUGCGGAGGGUACUCGAGGAGCUGGUGGACACGGAGAAGUCCUACGUGAAGGAUCUGGUCUGCUUGUUUGAGGUCUACCUGACUCCCCUGCAGAAUGAGACCUUCCUCAGCAAGGAUGAGAUGGCGGCGCUGUUGGGCAUCCUUGCUGAGAUGUUGGACUUCCAGAGAGUUUUUCUCCAAACUCUGGAGGAAAAGAUCACCUCAAGUCCAGACUUCUGCCAGCUGGACUCACCUGAGCAGGUCAAGAAAGUUCUCCUCUCGCUGGGCGCAUCUUUUCUGCACUACGCCGAGCACUUUAAGCUCUACAGCAGCUUCUGUGCCAACCACAUCCAAGUGCAGAAAGUUCUGGAGAGAGCCCAGACGGACAGAACCUUCAAACAGUUCCUGGAUGCCAGAAACCCAAGCAAGCAGCACUCUUCUUCUCUGGAUUCCUUCCUCAUCAAACCCGUUCAAAGAGUUCUCAAGUACCCGCUUCUGCUGCGAGAACUCAUCGGUCUGACCCGGCCUGACAGCGCUGAGCACGUGCGGCUGACAGGUGGUACCACGAGCACGGUCGGCAGUGAUGAUGUAAUGUCUGCUGGUGUCCACACAGAGGCGCUGCAGGCCAUGGAGGAGGUGGCGUGUCACAUGAACGAGGUGAAGAAGAUCCAUGAGGAAUUUGGACAUGUCUUCCAACAGCUGGCCUGUGACAGCCAGGUGCCCACGGGGGACUUCCUGCUCCACUCUUCAGCGGUGUGGCUCAACCCGCCACCAGGUCUGGCUCAUCUGAAGAAGGAACCAGAAGUCACACUCUUUGUAUUCAAGCGGGCCGUCAUCGUGGUCUCCAGGGACAAGAAGAAGAAGAAGAAGAAGAAGAAAAUGCCCGCAUCACGCUCACUUCUUCCAGACCCCUACAAGUUCCGUUGGAUCAUCCCUGUUUCGGCGCUCCAGGUCCGACCCGUCGACGUCACAGGUUGGGAGACAUCGUGCACGUGGGAGUUGGUCCACUGCAGGUGUGAGGAGGGCGGAGCUUGUGAGGUGUUCCAGCUGAGUAGCAGAGCUUUGGAGAGCAAGAUGAAGACGCUGAGAGUCCUCCAAAACCUCCUCACAGACCCAGCACCAACCCACACCCCGGGGAGCCAGCUGCAGUGGUCCUCCCAGGGGACAAGUCCUGGUGACAAGAAGGCCUCUGGAGGGCUGCUAGACUCUCAGGUGACCAGAGACCUGGAGACUCAGCUGCGCAAGCUGACCUUCAACGGGGACACGAUGGGGACCGGCAGAUGUGAUCAGAGGAGGUCCAGGUCUGAGGUCUUGGAUUUGGAGAAAGACUUGAGCGUCCAGAGCGUGACAUCCAUGACCAACGAGGACUUCUUCUAUCAGGUGCUGCUACAACCGCCGUCUGCUGCUGUCCCCACACUGCAAGACGAAUGCUAACAUGCUACCCUCUGAAAAUCACAUGAUCUUUGCUUUCCACGGCACAGCCCUGUGAUUGGUUGAGACAUUUGACAAAGCCUAAACAUCAAGUUAGGCAGGAAGUAGCCAGUCACGUCAAAAUAGGAAAGAAGAAUAUCACAUUUUUUCAUCAUGAUUUUCCUGAAACGUCUUGUUGACUGGAACGGUUCAUGUAUUCAUGCAUACAAUUAUUUCUUUCAGUUGUCAUGGUUACCAUCAGUAAACCCUGUCAUUACAAGUUCUUUCUUUUCCUAAAUGACAUUUGAAUAAUGUUAUGCUGUUCAAUUGCAAUACAAUGAAAAAAAUGUACAUGUAAAAAUGUAAAUGUACAUGAUUGAAACUACAGUACUGUAUAAGUAUCUACUGGGACUCAAACCGUGUGUGUGUGGAGCAGGAAUGUGCUGAACUGCACAACACACACACGCACACAUUGUGCGUGUGUGUUAGUGUGUAGGAAGAGCAGCACAUCUGCUGGUGAGUUUUCUUGUUUGUGAUUGGUUCAUUUUGCAUAUA